AUGUCGGAAAAAGUCGAUCGUCAAGCACUCGGCGACAUGUCAAAUGGCGCAAAUCACCCAGCGCAAGAGAGUCCAUCGCAAGUAAUUCCAGCGCAAGAGAAUCCAGCAGCCCAAGUAACUCCGGCGCAAAAUGGUACACAGCAAAAUGGCGACGCAGAGAAACAACACCAAGGCCAAUUUCAUUCAGCAAAGGAAAAGGUUACGUCGAAACAGCAAAAGUUGAAAGAUAAGGCCAAUCCUCCUGGUGGUUUCGAUGCGACGCCAAUUCCCCAUGCGCGAGAUGGGUAUACUGUACGAUUUACCUUUCACAGAGCUGAGAAUCUUCCUGCCUCGGAUCUCAACUCUCGCUCCUCCGACCCUUUCCUUACAGCAACCUUGACAUCCUCGCUAUUAAAACGACACAAGGAAGAUCCAGAUCUCGUUUUGCGAACUCAAACAAUACACAAAAAUACAAAUCCAGAAUGGAAUAAGACUUGGACGGUCGCUGGUAUUCCCGGAAGUGGCUUCCGUCUGAAAUGCCGUUUAUAUGACGAAGACCCGGCAGAUCAUGACGAUCGAUUGGGAAAUGUUACAAUCCAUGUGGACUCAUUAGGCCCAAGUUGGCAAGGUUUCAAAGAGAGAGGAUUUGAUAUCAAAAAGAGAAUGGGUAGCAAGAGAGCAUAUGGAGUGCGAGCUUGCGCUGCUAUGUUUGAUAGCAAUGUUCACAUGGAUGGUACACUAUACGUCAGCGCGGAAUGCUUGGGACCAUCCGAGCAACCCUAUGGCAGAAUGUACACUGUCGCGGAAACAUAUUUCUUCAAGCAUUAUUCGCCCAUGAUUGGAAGAUUGGCGGGUACCAAAGCACCUGGAAGCUCAUCGGGAGACAAGCCACAGACUGAGAAAUACGAUUUCCAAGCAAAUCAGAUACAACUUCAAGGUCCAGUGCCUGCGGAAUUGUACCAUCGCUUUGUCGAAUUUAAGCCUUUCGUAAAAGGAAUGUUCUCAAAAGCAGGGCUACGAGGACGAGUCUUGAAUAAAGCUCUCCAUCACCAACACGCCCGUGUGUACAAUUUCAGUAAUAGUACAGAAUACGGAGUAUUCAAAGCCCGAUCAGAAGACGCCGCAUUGCAAUUUCUCAAAAUGGUACACUUUGAUGAAGGCGCAAGGAUAUUCACCUACGUACUCUCACUCGAUGGACUUCUUCGAUUUACCGAAACAGGCAAGGAGUUCGGUGUUGACCUUUUGUCGAAACAUACCAUGCACAGCGAUGUAAAUAUUUAUAUAGCGUGUUCUGGAGAAUUCUUCAUUCGUCGACUAAAACACCCACGUCGAUCAGCUGACGAUCCCAGCCAAUCUACUCACCCAAUCGAAGAGCUUCCAGGCGGACCACCCCACGAUGCACCUCCCAAAGACCCUAGCCAUUACGAACUGGUGAUCGACAAUGAUAGCGGUACUUACCGACCAAAGGGCUCCCUACUUCCCCUCCUCAAGAAAUUCCUCAAUGAGAAUCUCCCCGGUCUGCACAUCGUCACGAAAGAAUGCACCGACGAUCAUCUUACGAAGAUGAAAGAAGGACAACGAGAACGCAAGAAGAAGGAAGGAAAUGAAAUUAACAUGGUGCAGAAUUCAGAUGAUGAGAUCAGUAGUAGUGACGAGGAAGAUUUGAACGAUUUGGUGGGCUCAGGACGCAAGAGCAAGAGGGAGAGACUGGUUGCUGGUCUUGAAGAUCCCAGUCAGGCAGUGAAGGACCUGAAGAAGGACUAUGUACCAGGGAAGUCGAAGGCCCAGAGAGAUGAAAAUGGAAAUCCUCCUGGGACAGCGUGA